AUGGGUAAAAGCAGUAAAGAUAAAAGAGAUUUGUACUAUCGUAAAGCCAAGGAAGAAGGGUACCGAGCUCGUUCAGCGUUCAAACUUUUACAAUUGAACGAUCAAUUCCAUUUCUUAGAUGACCCCAACUUGAAAAGAGUCGUCGAUCUAUGUGCAGCACCAGGAUCAUGGUCUCAGGUACUAUCAAGGAAGCUCUUUGAAGGGCAAAAAGACGUCGAAGGCAGAAAAAUUGUUGCUGUUGAUUUACAGAAGAUGUCACCGAUAGAUCACGUGACCACAAUUCAAGCAGAUAUUACACAUCCAAAGACUCUUAACAGAAUCCUGGAGCUUUUUGGCAAUGAAAAGGCGGAUUUUGUUUGCAGUGAUGGUGCACCUGAUGUCACCGGACUGCACGACUUGGACGAAUACAUCCAGCAGCAGCUCAUCAUGAGUGCGCUACAACUGACAUGUUGCGUGCUGAAGAGAAACGGCACUUUUAUUGCAAAAAUAUUCCGCGGUCGCGACAUCGAUAUGUUAUACUCGCAACUGGGGUAUUUAUUCGACAAAAUCGUUUGUGCAAAGCCAAGAUCGUCACGUGGAACCUCAAUGGAAGCUUUUAUCGUUUGUCUUAGCUACAAUCCACCUCAGGACUGGGAGCCUAAGUUGGACAUAAAUCAAAGUACAGAACAGUUCUUUGAGAAGAUACCUUCUUUAAAUGGAAUCUCAGAGCUCUCCAUAGACGACCAAUCUCACACAAAAGCACAACUGCCAUCCUGGUCACUCGAAGAGAGAUCAAUUGCAGAAUUCAUGUCGUGCGGUGGCUUAGACAGUUUUGAUUCGGAUGCCACAUAUCAUAUUGAUGCCGAUGACUCAAGACAGAGAGAAUCUCUGGAUCCUGUUCAAAGUCCAACCAACCCUCCAUACAAAGAAGCACUAGAGCUGAAAAGGCGAGGAAAACUCACUAGAGCUAUCUAA